AAAUGGUCGAAUAAUCCAUUAGUGCGAUUUUUUUUAGGUCCGGACGAAAGCACAAAAAUGAAUGAUAUAAAUGGAUUGAGUGAAGCUGAAAAGGAAUUGUUACGUGAAGAACUUAAAAAGACGGAGGAUGAAAUAAGCACGCUUCGUCAGGUUUUAAUUGCCCGACAAAAGCAUGCCGCAGAGAUUCGAAGAAAAUUGGGAAUAUCGCCAUUAACCGAGUUGACUGCUGAUAUAAAUCAUUCAUUACAACAAGUUAAGGAAACUCAAGCAUAUCAAAAAACGUCAGAAGUAGUCGCUGGGACAGCUGAUACAGUGAAAAAUAAGUGGAACGAUAUGCGAAAUUCAUCAUUUUUCAAAUCAUUCGAAUCGAAAUUGGGUUCUGCAUAUAAUAAUGCUAAAAUUGUUGCUUCAACAAGCAUUGAUCAUCUCGCUGGGCACGCAAAACCAUCGAAAAAUAGUUCACCCACAGACGCAGAUAAGUCACCUCUCGCUUAA